GUUCGGGUCGCGGGGCGGAGGGAAGAGCGGGCGGGCGGGAGGCGUCGGCGCCAGACGCGGAGGAAGGAGCUGCGACCAGCCGCCAAGAGGCCGCGGAGCCAGCGACGACCGAGCCAGCCGAGCCGCCGCCGCCGCGCCCCCAUGGCGGCCGCCAAGGACACCCAUGAGGACCACGAUACCUCCACCGAGAAUGCAGAUGAGUCCAACCAUGACCCCCAGUUUGAGCCCAUAGUUUCUCUUCCUGAGCAAGAAAUUAAGACGCUGGAAGAAGAUGAAGAGGAGCUUUUUAAAAUGCGGGCAAAGCUAUUCCGAUUUGCUUCAGAGAAUGAUCUCCCAGAAUGGAAGGAACGAGGCACUGGUGACGUCAAGCUCCUGAAACAUAAGGAGAAAGGGACCAUCCGUCUUCUCAUGAGGAGGGACAAGACCCUGAAGAUUUGCGCCAACCACUACAUCACGCCGAUGAUGGAGCUGAAGCCGAAUGCGGGCAGUGACCGUGCCUGGGUCUGGAACACCCACGCCGACUUUGCCGACGAGUGCCCCAAGCCGGAGCUGCUGGCCAUCCGCUUCCUAAACGCCGAGAAUGCACAGAAAUUCAAAACAAAGUUUGAAGAAUGCAGGAAAGAGAUCGAAGAGAGAGAAAAGAAAGGAUCGGGCAAAAACGAUAACGCCGAGAAAGUGGCUGAGAAGUUAGAAGCUCUUUCGGUGAAGGAGGAGAGCAGAGAGCAGGCCGAGGAGAAGCAAUAAGCUGUCUGCCCUGUCUUCUUUCCCUUCCUUUCUUUCCCUUUCCUUUCUUUUUUUUAAUUUUGCCCCGCCCUUUUUUGUUUUUUUAUUCUGUUUUGUUUUUACAAGGGACUUUAUAUAAAGAACUGAAUUCCAGCA